UAGAGGCGGACGGUUUGGAAAUGAUUCGAGACAUUCGUCUAUGUCGAGACGCAGUCGGUCGGUUAUUGAUCUGGGUAAUACGGCGGCGGGGACUCGCGAUUACUCGUCAGAUGAGAGUGAUGGGGAGGUGCGCAUUAGUAUUGACCAGAUCAAUUUGGAUAGUGAUGAGGAGGAUCAGGAGCAGAUGAUGGUUGAUAGUAAGAAGGGGAAGGCGGCGGUCAAGUAUGCUGAUGCGGAGAAGGGGUUGCGGCCUAUUCGGGUUGAGAGACAUGAGCAUGAAGAGCGCACGGUCAGUGUCAAUAUGGAGUCGAGCUCCAGCAAGUCGGCGGAGCUGAGGGAGAAGGCGAAGGCGCAGACGAAGGAGGAUGAUGGCGCGCUCUUUGUGCAGCAGACUGAUGAUGAUGCUGCGGCUACUACGGAGGGAGAGCUCAAGGUCAAGUCUGAGCCUACGGAUGAUGAUGAUCAGGUCAUGACAGAUGUUCCGCAUGCGGAGGAGCCAGCUACGACGGACGAUGGACUGCUGCCGGUGCAGAAGGUCAAGGUGCGCAGGAAAAUUACACCCCCGUCGAACGAAGCUACGCCCCAGCCCGAAUCGGAGAUCCCUGCUGCCGUGAAGGACCCGAAGAGUUUACUACGCACGAAGGAGGAUAUCGAAGAGUACGAGCGACACGAGCAGGACCUGGAGAUUGUCAAGGACCUCUUCCAGAAGGAGCCUGAACCUGAGAAAUCGGAGACCACCACCCCGGCAGAGGGAGAGGCCCCUGCUGUGGUUGCCAACGACCAGGAUAAGGAGAAGGACAGUACAACGGAGGACAAGGACAAGGAGCAGGAGGAGGAGGAUGUCAACAAGGACAAGUUGGCGGGGCAGCUGUUCCUGAUGCAAUUCCCACCGAUGACGCCGAACCUGGUGGUACCGGGCAACAGCGAGAAUCCAGUGGAUGAAGCUACAGAGACGAUGGCGGGGCAGAGCGCACCGGAGGCCAGUGGGUCAGAGCAGACAGGCGUCAAGCGCGAAGAUGGCGUCGAGAUCCUCGAGGGUGGGGAGGAUGCCACGGCAACAGGGACAUCGUCCAAGAUUGUCACUGCAGCCGACUGGGGCCUCAGCGCCGGGCGCGUCGGCAAGCUGAACGUCCAUGCGUCGGGUCGGGUGACGAUGGACUGGGGAGGAAUCAGCUUCGAGCUGGAUCGCGCAACGGCCGUGGACUUUCUCCAAGAAGCGUUGAUCGUGUCGACCCCGCCUAAUGCAGCGGACGAGGAAUUCCCGGAUGAUGAGAAGAAGGUGUGGGCGAUGGGACAGCUGAGUGGAAAGUUUACGGUGACACCGGACUGGGGGAAGAUGUUGUAACAGGACGAUGUUGUAUGUAACAGUGAGAAGGCUGGUGGAUGUUGACGCUAUCCCACUGCUGAUGGGGCUGUUGUUGUUGUUGUGAUAGCCUUGUUUAUUUGGGAGGCAGGGAAGGGGUUUACGUCAUGCGGGAUGGCUGGGGGACAGCCGAUCGGAUGUUUUGUUCAUAGAGAUGGAAGAUAUAGAUAGAACUGUCAAAAGUUCAGAUGCCAAUGAGGAGAAACCCUG